AUGAGAGCAACCUGCACACCCACGCUCCAGAGGCGGGCGAUUGUCGGUGCUUGCAUCUACAUGACACCGUCGCACGAGUGUGAGGCGGAGCUUCAAGCCGACGCCGGUCCUACGAUACCCGUGGACCAGACCUCCCACCGUAAAGAAACAGACACCACCUCGACGCCCGAACCAGUCACCACAGCCAUCGUGGUGCCAACGCCCGAAGCAGACAACUGCGUCUAUCAAAGCCGUAGCUUUACCGAGCGCUACGAUGCGCUCGUGGAGAGCCUGAUUCAGCCGCCCCCGAUGAUCCAGUCGCUGCUCCGCGUGGCGACGUACGACGAACUGAGAGCGCGAUCCUGGUCCGACUGCCUUCCGCUGCACACCGUCGUCUGCGGUGUUACUGCGGGCUCUCAAGACUCGCUCUUCACCCAGCAUCCGCCGUGCCGAUCUGCGAUCGUGCACCACCUACUCGCGACGGCGAUAGCCGUUGUGCGCGAGCGCGGGCGAUCGGCUGUGCUCACGGGUGCUGCGCUCCAGCAUGUGUGGGUCUUUGGCGCGCUGCCGCCACAGAUGCCCACGGCUCGCGUACUGCUCACAAACACUACGGACGAUCUCAGCGCCGCGCUGUGGGCCCGCGGUUUUGCCCACUUUUACGACGAGACGAGUGGCGACACCGUCACGUGCAUGGCACGCCACCACGCACUCGCCACUGUCGUGAACGCUGGCGAUGCGCCCCCCGACGUGCUGCCGCCGCACCUGCGUUGGGAGCGUCACAACGAGCAAGUGGCGCCAUCCACAUGCCUUUCGCUCUACGACGUGGUCAUUCGGGCACCGGAGCAUCCCGAGACGAUCGUUUCGGCAGCGCAAAGCAAGGACGUAGACGCGGCGAUGCUCGUGUACCCCAACCCGAGUUGUCAAGCGCUCUGCGACCACGACACCCCGGCAUAUCAACGCGACGUCCCCGCCAAAGUCGCGCAGUGUCCGCGGCGCGACGAUGCCGAGUACAACGCUCGACUAGCCACGUAUUUGGAGCACCCCUUGCCGCUCAACAUCUCGCCCGCGCACGCUCUGAACAUUACACCGUUCAGCAACACGACCAAACUCCGCGAAGGAAAUGGGUGGGAGUUUUGCAUCCCAAUCAAGCCGCAGCAGUGUGGCGCACGGCGCGGCGUCAAGUCGACGCUCUUUGAGACGCCGCAAGGCAAGCCGUGCCGAUCGGCCGUGCUCCAGCUGCUGCUCGAAAACAUGCUCGAGGUCGUGGAAGAGCUCCAUCUCCCAUCGUUUGUCUACUUUGGCACCCUACUUGGCGCGUGGCGUGACGAAGCCAUCAUUCCGCACACGGCCGAUGUCGACGUCGUCCUUCCGUCCUUUACAAACUGGACCCUCGUCCAAGAUAUGAUGUGGGCCCGGGGCUUUUAUGCCUUUGUGCACGAUAUCCACCGCGCCUGCCUCGCGUCGCACCACCCGCUCGCGUCGCUUUUGUAUGCGCCGAAUCAAACCCGAACGGACUCGUCGAUGCAUGGCACGCCGUACCUGGAUCUGUACAUGUGGCGUAAAGAGUACGAGCCGGCCAGCGCGCGUGUCGAGGUCGAGACGGCCUGGGUCAAGCUCAACGCGUCCCAAGUAUUUCCGCUGACGUGCAACCACACGAUCUUUGGUAGUCCCGUGCCUGGCAUCCAACACCCGGAAGCCAUGUUGAAGAGCGAGUACGGUGACACGUACGGCGUGGACCCGAACUUGCGUCUGGCAGCGUGCGAGUCGUACUGUGACUAUCAGCUUCUCUCCAAUAUGUCGGCAGUGUCGCGCUCCGUAGGCUAG